CGCGUGGGGAGCGGGCAGCGGCAGCGGGCGGCGAUGGAGCAGACGCAGGUGUGGAAGGCGCGGAGCCUGGACGAGCUGGUCCAGAUCCUGCACCGCCUCUUCGCCGGCGACGAGGUCAACGUGGAGGAGGUGCAGGCGCUGAUGGAGUCCUACGAGAGCGACCCCGCCGACUGGGCCAGCUUCGCCCAGUUCGACCAGUUCAGGUACACAAGAAAUCUUGUGGAUAAAGGAAAUGGAAAGUUCAACUUGAUGGUCUUAUGCUGGGCUGAAGGGCAUGGCAGCAGUAUCCAUGAUCACACUGAUUCGCACUGCUUUAUGAAGAUCCUUCAGGGGAAUCUAAAGGAAACUUUAUUUGAAUGGCCUGGGAAAAAGGGGACUGGCGAGAUGACUAAGAAAUCGGAACGAGUUCUGAGGGAAAAUCAGUGUGCCUACAUCAACGACUCCAUUGGCCUGCACCGUGUGGAAAACACAAGCCACACAGAAUCUGCUGUUAGUCUGCAUUUGUACAGCCCACCCUUUGACUGCUGCAACACCUUUGAUCAGAGAACUGGGCAUAAGCACAAAGUCAAAAUGACAUUCUAUAGCCAGUUUGGAGAAAGGACUCCCUAUGCAACAGCAGUGUCUCAAGAGAACAACUGAGAAGUGCCAGGAAGCGUUUGUGCAAGACCUGCUGAAUGUUCAGUCAAAGACAGAAGAAUUGUAUAGCUGAUGCCCAUAGCCAGCUAUAUUUGAAUAAUAUGUACAUAGAACAGAGGGCAGCUUCUAGACAACGUGUAGUUAUCUUGGAUGAAUGAUGAUUAUGGGACAUGAAGCUGUCUAGUGCUAUAAACUACUUCAGAGGUCAGAGGCCUUUUCUUAGACUAUUGAAAAGUCAGAAUUGAAUAGUUUAUUCAAGCCUCCUUAAAAUUCUACUUUUUUGAUACUGUACUGGAAUAUCAGUAAUAGGGUUUUGAAAUGCCUUUUGACUGUACCUAAUAGGCCUACCUGUACUAUGCUCUCAAUGUAAUUAGUAAUGAUGUAAACUUACACCUUCCAGUCACUAUACACUUGUAUCCAUUGAUAGUGUACUCAGUGCUGUUAGAAGCAGGGUUUUAUUUUAUUAAACCUUUUAGGGUCGAACACUCUAGAAUAUUUUGAUAGUUGUGUGCAUUUUUUUUUAUUUUUUACAAUUGCAUUUGUCAGAUUUCUUUUUAAAUAGGAGCAAUUAUAUGCUUCAGGGACAAUGGAGUUUGAAAAGUGAACUGAUUUGGGCAAAGGUCUGGGUUUUUAACAGGACUAAUUAUGUUUAACGUGGCCGACUGCCAGUUUUCAGAGAACUCUUUACAGUUGCUGAAUUCCUUCCAGGUAGCCUGAAUAAAACUGGAUUUGAGCACA